ACACACACACACACACAGUUUUAUACACAUACACAGUAUACAUGACCCAUGUGUGGAAUUUAGAAUUUAGAACACCAGCAUGACCUCACAGAUGAGUAGUAAUGUAAAGCUGCUGAACAGCUCUAAAUCUGUCAUUUCUGUUGAGUUUGAUGGUGGAGAACACACAGAAAGCUAUGGAGCCGUGCUCUGAUUCUACAGGUAGAGGUAAAGGAAAGAGGAAGAGAGUGGAGGAGCCAUCCAGCUGUCCUGCUCAUCUAGGAACGGGCAAAGUUCCUGUUACAGAUGCCCCGCCCAGGAAAAAGAGGAUGAAAGUGACAACUUCUGGAUGUACAAAGGCCAUAAAGCCAAACACCUUUGACUCGCUUUAUAGUACUGGAGUGAAACUUGGUCAAGGAUCGUUUGGAGCUGUGUUUGAGGGAACGCGCCUGUGUGACGGCCUACAGGUGGCCAUCAAAUUUGUCACCAAACGGGAUAGUGAUUGCUACGUCCAAAGUGUGGAUGAUGAUUCCAAGUCUGUGCCUAUUGAAGUAGCACUGAUGCUGAGAAUGAGCAAUCCCCCAGUUGACAACAUAGUAAAACUGAUUGAAUGGUUUGAUGAGCCUGAGCGCUUCAUCCUGAUCCUGGAGCGCCCUCAGCCAUGCAUUGACUUGGAGACCUUCCUUGACAGCAAUGGGGGAUCCCUCACUAAGACCAUGGUCAAAGAUAUCAUGCUCCAGGCGGUGAGGGCAGCAAGGAAGUGCUACCAGCGAGGCGUCCUACACCGAGACAUCAAGCCUAAGAACUUCGUCAUCAACACCGACACCAUGGAGCUGAAACUUGGUUGUGGGGACUGGGUCAGGAGAGAUGGAUAUGCUAAUUUCGCAGGCACAUUUAAAUACUGUCCACCAGAGUAUCUGCUCAGCAAGAGGUACCACGCAAGAUCAGCAACGGUCUGGUCUUUGGGAGUCCUGCUCUUCAGGAUGAUUUGUGGAUACCACCCCUUUACAACUGCAAAGGACAUCCUGGAGGGGAUUUCGUACCUUGAUAACAGCCAGUCUGAUGAAUGCUGGGAUCUGAUUCACUGGUGUCUGCAGUGUGAACCAGCUAUGAGGCCUUCUUUCCAGCAGAUCCUGCUGCACGACUGGUUUGAGUCAGCGUAGUCUCAGGUUGUGGAAAGAGAUCCCUAGCAGUGGCUUGCUGACAGAAAUAGUGUGGAAGUUGUGUGUAGAAGUUGGUGAGAAGUGUAGCUGUGUAGAGUAGUUGUGCUAUCCGGUGUCGACCAGAGGAGGAUGGGUUCCUCUUUAGAGUCUUGGUUCCUCCUAAGGUUUCUUCCUCUGAAAUUGAGGGAGUUUUUCCUUGCCACUGUUGCCUUUGCGCUUGCUCUAAAGAGGCUCGGACCCGGAAAAUACUAUAUAGCUUAUAUAAGCAAAUUAUGUAAUUAUAUAAGCUAUGUAAGUGAAUAAGUGAUUUGAAUGAGUGUAGAAGUGAACUAGCUGUGAGGAAGAAUGCACAGAAUGCAAUAAACAUGAAUUAAGACCA